AUGUCGAGCACAAGAUCUGGUAAUGUGCGUAAACCUAUGCCUAAACGCCCAGUACCCGAAGGCGAGUCAUCAGAGUCAAGCGAAGAAAAGGAUUCCUCGAAAUCUUUCGGUUCCUUAGUAAUCACUCGGCUGGAAGAAAAAGAAGAGCUUCAGCAUUUAAAUGACCGAUUUGCAAAUUAUAUUGAGCAUCUCCAGAAGAACAUCUUCAAUAAAGAGUUCACUGGUCAUAUUGAUCUUCUGACGAAUUCUUUAAAAAAGGAAAUGGACGAUCAUGUUAAAGUUUUCUCAGACGAAGUUGAAUUAUUACGCGGAAACUUAAAUAAAACUUCACUUGAAUUAACGGAUGCUAAAAUUCAGUUAAAGAAAACCAAAUCCAAUCUAGAUGAGACAACUCAACAACUUGAACGUUCGAAAUCCAAUGAGACUGAAAUGGCUAAUAAAAUCACAUCAUUAACUACUCAACUGUCUCAGCUACAGAAUCAGCUAAUCGCAUGUGACAAUUACAAAACAGGUUAUGAUUCUCUAAUGAAUCAACAUAAGAUGUUAAAAUCUCAAUUAGAAAAUGAAACUCUAUCGCAUACCGAUACAAAAAAUAAGCUACUUACAGCUUUAGAACAAUUACAAUUUAAAGAUCAGUUAUUAGAGAAAGAACGUAAAAUUUGGAAUAGUGAAUCAAUCAAAUCACAUUUGGUGUCGAUAACCAAAAAUGUUGAAACAAAUUCUCAUGAGAAACUAUGUCAUUUAUUAUCUGAAUUACGUUCACAAAUGGCACUAGAAUAUGAUCAAGUAAAAAAUAAAAUCAAAGAAAAUGUGGAAAUAACUUUAAAUGCAGAAAAAUUACGAUCAAAUUCACUUGAACAAAAUCUUAAAAACAAAAUUCUUGAAUGUCAACACUUAUCUCAAUUAAUAGCGUCUCAGACAAAUGACUUAGAUAAUUGUCGUAAAGAAUUGGAAGCUAGUCGUAAACAACUGAAAGAUUUUGAACAACGAUUACAAAUUACUGAUAAUAAAUUACAUGGAAUAGCCAGUGAACAUCGGUCAGAAAUAGAACGUUUAUUAGGACUACUAGCGGACAAAUCAACUGAAUGUGCUGAAUUAGCUGGGAUUAAAAUUCAGUUAGAUGCUGAGCUUGCAAUGUAUAGAAAAUUGUUAGAAAGUGAAGAAUCUCGCCUUCAUCUUACUCCUGAGAAACGAAUCUUAACAGGUAAAUCAAUUGUUCAAACAAAUAUCUCUCGUAAAAAACAUUCAUAUAAUGAUGAUAUGUAUACAACACCUACAUUAACAUCAAAACUACAAUAUCAACCAACUGGUAGUCGUGUUCAUGAUGUUGAUUUAGAUGGUACAGAUGCUGCUAACAUGAAUCAACGUUAUUCAUUGAUAAAGCAACGUGAAAUUUCCAAAACAAAUAUGGAACUUAACUUACGUGAUUCUCGCUUAUCUACACUUUCUUCUUCAUCGUCAAAUUUGAUUGGAAAUUCAUUACGUAUAACAUGUCGUGCCGAUGGUCCAAUACAUUUUGCUAGUGCAGAUCCUGGCGAGGGUUUAUUGCGUAUUUACAAUGCUAGUGAAAAAGCUAUUGAUUUAAGUAAUUGGCAUAUGUACGCUGGGCCAACCCAUGAAGGCUCAUCGGACUAUGUAAAACUGUAUACAUUUCAUGAACCUCGAAUCCUACAGCCACAUACAGAAUUACAAGUUUUUUUUUGCUUUGCAUCUGAACCUUCACAAGUCUCUUCUGCUAAACGUGCCCGGUAUGAUGUUGCUGGAAUUUUACAUUUAAUCACUCCAGUAUCUGUUUGGAAUCCUUAUAGUAGUUUAAUUGCACUACAAGAUUCAACUGGUUUGGUUCGAGCCACUUGUGAAAUGGAAUCAUGCGCUAAAAAUUCAGAAAUAACGCCAAAAGCAUCAGAUCCUGCUGACUCUGAUAGUGAUAAAGACGGUUCCAGUGAUAAAGUGUCAUCAGUUGAUUCAGUUAAUGAAUUAUCUACAACUAAUGAUCUACAACAACAAACUGUAGACGAUCACAAUGUCAACAAUGCAGUAGUAAGAAUAACACGUUCAACAAAACAGGCAAUUACAACAUCUGAAAGUUACGGUAAAUAUUUUGAUUUGCCACAACAGGUUAGCUCAAUACGAGUUCGCAAUGAUAUCUGGCCAAAUGAAUCCCAUUUUUCGAGAGAAGGAUCACGUGCAUAUACAUGUGAAAUAUUAUAA